UUGUUCCAUCUUCCUCGAAGCAACCGCAAGUCUCUGUAGCGCGAAGAAGACGAUCGAUUCAUCUAUGGCGGACGUUGAGAAUCAACAGGACUCCUCGUUUCCAGCGAAGAGGAAAUCGGAUCUCUGUUGCCAAGAGCAGGAUAAUGUGGCGAACAAGGCUCAGAAGCUUAACCCUUCGUCGUCGAGUUCUGCUGAUUCUGAGUCCGGCGUCGAGAAUCUGAAAAUUGGAACAGAAUCAUCGAUUUCGCUUGAGAAAGAUGAGAACGGCGUGCCCGACGAUCAUACAGCGGAAGAGAAGCAAGGCGAUGGAGUUGGAUAUGAAGACGAAGAAGAAGAGGAUUCGAUUGAAGUUGAGAUCGACAGGAAAGGUAAAGGCAUAUCGAGAGAGGACAAAGGAAAAGGAAAACUGAUCGAAGUUGAUGAAAGUGACGAUAGCGAUGAUGACGACGACGACGACGAAGAUGGUGAUGAGUACGAUGAAAGCGAUUUGUCUGACGAUCCUUUGGCGGAGGUGGAUUUGGAUAAUAUCCUUCCGUCGAGGACUAGGAGACGAUCGAUCCAGCCUGGAGUCUACAUCUCCAAUGACCGUAGCGGAAACCACGAGGAUGAUGAUGAUAGUAGUGACGAUAGCGAUGCUUAAAGCUCCCUCCUUAGCUAUAAUGAAGGUUAGUGUCAAGAAAUCAAGAUGUAGUUCCUUUGAUUCUUAAGAGAGUUUGUGUCACGUUCAACGCUUGGACCAAAGUGAGCCAAUAUAUAUAUCUAUCAUGUCAUUGCAAUUCCAACUCAUUGUGUGCCUCGCUAUCUACGUUUGAUGCAUAAAUUUCUCAUCUUUUCUCGAUUA